AUGGCUCGGACCUUGGCCAAUCUGGCGAUUUUAUCGCGGGGCUGUUGGAGAAGGACUUCAUUGCGGAAGCCGCAUACGUCCAAUCUGCCUAUGGGACGCGUUGACACUUCGGCUCCAUUGUUCGUCAAGCGCGCUGUGGCAUCUACGCCAGGAACAGCAUCUCCGGCAAGAACGGUGCCUGACUCACCGAGCGGCGCUCACUUGGCCUGCUGGUUCGGAAAGAAACACUAUGGACGGCCCUUGUCCCAACUGGUGUUUGAAGACCCUGAAUACUGCCGCUGGCUUCUUGGCGUGGCUCAGGAGGCGAACGCAUCAAAUGCACUGCGGGAAUCUGCGAUGUGGCUUCGUCUGAACGCCCCGCACCUGCAGGAGAAGAAGAAGCCCCAGCUCGUUUCAGGCAAGAAGCACCGUGGGGAAGAUCUCUCCAAGCUCGUCAGCGAAGAUCCAGCAUACUGCCAGUGGAUUCUCCGCGAGGUUCAGGAGGGAGACGCGUCCCCUAAGCUGCAAGAAAUGGCUGCCUGGAUCACAGACAACGCGCCGCAUGUGCAGGAGCAAGGCUUGCGGGUUGGAGGUUCCAAGCAUUACGGACGCCGCAUUUCUGAACUCGUGACUGAAGAUCCGGUCUUCUGCCAAUGGGUUCUGCGAAAGGCCAAGGAGCAUGGUGCCUCGCAUGGGGUACGAGACAUGGCCGAUUGGCUCAGCAAGAACGCCCCGCACCUGAAGGAGGCAGCCUUUGCUACAGGCAGGAAGCACUACGGGCAAGAUAUGCCCAAGCUCGUCAGCGAAGAUCCAGCCUACUGCCAGUGGAUUCUCCGGGAGGCCAAGGAGGGAGAGGCGUCCCCUAAGCUGCGAGAAAUGGCCGCCUGGAUCACAGACAACGCCCCGCACGUGCAGGAGCAAGGCCCGCUGGUCGGAGGCUUGAAGCAUUACGGGCGCCGCAUUUCUGAACUCGUGACUGAAGAUCCAGUGUUCUGCCAAUGGCUUCUGCAGAAAGACAAGGAGGGUGGUGCCUGCCACGGGAUACGCGAACUGGCCACCUGGCUCCGGGAGAACGCGCCGCACUUGCAGGAGGCAGGGAUUGCGGCAGGCCAGAAGCACAGGGGCCGUCCUAUGUCUGAAGUGUUGGCCGACGAUCCAGCAUAUUGCCAGUGGGUGAUCCAUCAAGCUGAUCAAGCUGAGGCUUCGCCCGGACUGCGAGACAUGGCCGACUGGCUUAUGGCGAACGCGCCGCACCUGAAGGCGCCAUCGGCUGCUUUAGGCCAAGACAGGUCAGCAAGAUUUCUUUCCCGGUUGGUGGCGGAAGAUCCAUCGUAUUGCCAAUGGUUGCUGCGGUCAGCGCAGGAGAAAAAGGUUUCGAGCGAGCAGCAAAAACAAGCCGAGUGGCUGUUGAAGCACGCACCGCACCUGAAGGAGAUGCACGUUGUACGCAUGAAAAGCGUACACAGAGGAAUUCCGCUUCCUCAGGUCGUUGCUGAAGAUCCAGGUUGGUGCCGCUUCGUUUUGGGGCAACCCGAGGCCAUGUGCAAGGAGUUUGCAGAGGUGGCAGAGUGGCUUCACGUGAACGCUCCGGAACUUCGAGAAUUUUCAGAAGGCAAUCGAGCUCUCUUCACGCAGACGGGCAAGAAGAUGCUUGAACAACAUGGCCGGUGGUUCGUCGUGAGAUACGGCAAGCAUCGCAUGAAGAAUUUCGCGACAGUGAUGGAGGAGGAUCCCGAGUAUGUAGAAUGGGUCGAGCACGCUGUGAAAGACGGUGCCAAGAAGAACAGAAUUGCCAGCAAGAAUUACCAAGUCUUCGCUGCAUUUGCCAGCCAGUGGCGCAGCAAGGAGCAGGCUGUCCUCGCUUCAGGUGCAGCAGAGGCCCUACACCACCAGACUGCUGAGUGCACAGUUGUGUGA